AUGGCUAGUGUAGAUAUACAGUCUCUUUUUACGAAUGUUCCAUUAGAAGAGACCACCAACAUCAUUGUACAUGGGCUGUUAAAUUCAAAUGAAAUUCCACAUCAUUUGAAUGAAAAACAGAUCACAAAAGCCCUACAAUUGGCAACUAUUGACUCAGUGUUUACUUUCAAUGAUAACCUGUACACACAAACAGAUGGUGUAGCCAUGGGCUCCCCCUUAGGUCCCACCUAUGCCAAUGCCUUUCUAUGUUAUCACGAAAAAGUAUGGUUAAACCAAUGUCCUGAUGAAUUUAAACCAAGCCUGUACCGUAGAUAUGUGGGUGAUACAUUCCUUUUGUUUAAAAACUGCUCUCAAGUUGAACAGUUUGUUUUGUACUUGAGUACAAAACACCCUAAUCUGAAGUUCACUUAUGAAAUUGAACAAAACUCAAAACUCCCUUUUUUAGACACUAUCAUUACAAAAGAUAAUGGCAGGUUAACUAUAUCAGUUUAUAGGAAACCCACAUUUACUGGUUUGGGUAUAAACUACUCAAGUUUCUCCCCUAAACUGUUCAAACUCAACAGCAUUUCAACGCUGAUCAAUAGAGCAUACAACAUCUGCUCUGAUUAUGUCAGUUUUGACAAAGAGAUGGACUUUUUACUGAAUUAUUUCACAGAGAAUUCAUACCCCAGUAAAUUCUUUUAUAAAAUACUAAGAAAUUUCUUGAACAAAAAACACUCCUCCUCUACACCUGUAUUAUCAGCAGCUAAAGACCUAUGUUAUGUUACUCUCCCAUACCUUGGACACCGAAGUUUUAGCAUAAGAAAGGUACUUCAAAGCAUUUUCAAAGACACAUUCCCCCAAACUGACUUAAGGUUCAUUUUCAAAACAACCACCACCAUCCGUUCUCUAUUGAAUAAAACUAAGCCUUUACCAUUUGCCCUGAGAUCCUGUGUUGUGUAUCAAUUUAAAUGUUCGAGAUGUAACUCUCGAUAUGUGGGUAGUACCACACGCUCUCUACAACACCGUAUCCUAGAGCAUAUGGGGAUGUCUUACCGUACAGGUGUUCUACUUAGUUCACCAUCACCAUCUGCCAUCAGAGAACACUGCUACUCCACUGGACAUCCACUCACACAAGAUUUUCACAUUCUGACCUCUGCCUCACACAGACUUGACCUUAUCACCUUGGAAUCACUGUUUAUCUCAAGGAUGAAACCAGACCUAAACAAUACAACAACUGCCAUCCAAUUACACACACAAUAA